AUGUUCGGAAGCCGCUACUCCCGCAGCGUCGGUGGCCAGCUGCACUACGUCCAGGUCGCGCUGAACAUGAUGCUCAAGGGCGUUGAGGAUGAGCCAUGGAGGAGGCUUUUCGACUUGAAGGGCAAUUGGCUCUACUCCCAUCGCAAGGCCGAAGAACGUGACCAGGUCUGGAAGGAUUUCAAUUUCAGGAAGUACUUCCAGACGGGCCUGAUCGUUGACCAGGUGAUGCUUCCAGGCGGCCAAGAUGAUGGUGAGGUUUACACAG